AUGGAUCUAGAUCUUGCGCUUAGGACAAAGCAAUCCACUGCUUCUAUAGAUACUAGUUCCUCUGAACUAAGGGCUAAAUAUGAGAAGUGGGAUCGCUCUAACCGCAUGAAUCUUAUGAUCAUCAAGCAUGGCAUAUCUGAGGCCUUUAGGGGUGCGGUGUCUAAUUGUGUCACCAAAGCUAAGGAAUAUCUCGAUGAUAUUGAAAAACGCUUUGCCAAAAGCAAUAAGGUGGAAACAAAUACAAUUCUGAAGAGCUUGAUUUCCAUGAAGUAUAAAGGCAAGGAAAAUAUUCAGAAAUAUAUCAUGGAAAUGUCUCACCUUACAUCAAAAUUGAAGGCACUUAAUCUUGAAUUGUCAGAUGGCAUGCAUGUGCAUUUAGUGCUUAUAUCUUUUCCGAAUCAGUUCAGUCAAUUUCAGAUCAAUUAUAAUUGUCAAAAGGAGAAAUGGACUCUUAAUAAGCUCAUUUCUUAUUGUGUUCAAGAGAAAGAGAGGUUGAAGCAAAACAAGUCUGAAAGUGUCUAUUUGGCAAGAACCCCUAAAUAUAAGGGCAACAAAAGAAAGAAUGAGGCUACUAAAGGUCCUUAUGCGAAGAAAUAA